CAAAAAAUCGCGUUUAAAGUCAAAACAGAAAGUUCGCAUACGUUUCCCCGAAAUUUCUCAGAUUCCGUACUUUUCAUCCUUUCGCACUUCUUUUUCUCUUUCUCUCUCCCCUCUAAUUCUUUUGCACCGUCGGCACGGUCUAUUUGGCUGCUGAGAAAACCAAGCAAAAUUAUCACAAACUGCAGAUUUUUCCUUUAAUUUUCGUUACGCACUCUCUUUUCUUUUUCUUUGUUCUUUUCCGCAUCUUUCUUUUGGCUUCACCGAAUUUACGAGAUCAAACUCAACUGCUGAGUGCUGAGUUUUACGUGGCUGUGUGUGCUGCCUGCUGCGUGCUGUUUGUUACUAUUUUCUUUCACCUUCUCAGCAACUAAUAAACAGGGAGGUUAACGUUCGGUUUGAGGAAUUGGAACAAUGCACGGCAGAGAGAAGCGGUGUUUGGAUUCAGCUUCAGCCGACGAAGGACAACCUGAUCGGAAGCGACCUGCUUUGGCUAGUGUAAUUGUUGAAGCUCUGAAGGUUGACAGUCUGCAGAAGCUUUGUUCAUCACUGGAACCUAUUCUUCGCAGAGUUGUUAGUGAAGAAGUUGAGCGUGCUUUGGCAAAACUAGGCCCUGCCAAGCUUACUGGAAGGUCUUCUCCAAAGCGCAUUGAAGGCCGAGAUGGCAAAAACUUACAGUUGCACUUCAAAACUAGGUUAUCCCUUCCUCUCUUUACUGGUGGAAAAGUGGAGGGCGAGCAAGGGUCUGCUGCCAUACAUAUUGUUUUAAUUGAUGCAAACACAGGGCAGAUUGUCACAUCAGGCCCAGAGUCAUGUGCCAAACUAGAUGUUAUUGUGCUUGAAGGUGAUUUCAAUAAUGAGGAUGAUGAUAAUUGGACUGAAGAAGACUUUGAGAGUCAUGUUGUGAAAGAGAGGGAAGGAAAAAGGCCUCUUCUUGCUGGCGAUCUGCAAGUUACACUGAAGGAUGGUAUAGGAACACUGGGUGAGCUCUCAUUUACAGAUAAUUCUAGCUGGAUAAGAAGUAGGAAAUUCAGGCUGGGGCUGAAAGUUGCCUCCGGUUGCUGCGAGAGGAUGCGUAUUCGUGAAGCCAAAACUGAAGCUUUCACUGUUAAGGAUCAUCGUGGAGAAUUAUACAAGAAACACUACCCUCCCGCCUUGACUGAUGAGGUAUGGAGACUAGAGAAGAUUGGCAAGGAUGGUUCCUUUCACAAAAGGCUAAAUAAAGCUGGAAUAUAUACCGUUGAAGACUUCCUAAGACUUGUGGUCAGGGACCCUCAGAGAUUACGCAAUAUUCUUGGGAGUGGCAUGUCAAAUAAGAUGUGGGAUAUUCUUGUUGAGCAUGCAAAGACUUGUGUUCUCAGUGGAAAUCUUUAUGUAUACUAUCCUGACGAAGCAAGAAACGUCGGUGUUGUUUUCAAUAACAUCUAUGAGCUAAGUGGCUUAAUUGCCAAUGACCAAUAUUAUCCAGCUGAUUCUCUUUCGGAGAGCCAAAAGGUCUAUGUUGACACAUUGGUGAAGAAGGCGUACGAAAAUUGGAUGCAUGUUAUUGAGUAUGACGGGAAGUCUCUGCUAAAUUACAACCAUAAUAAGAGUUUGGACACAUCUCAUCCUCAAGCUCAAAUAAGCUCUCAUGAAUAUUCAAACUCCUUCCAACAGAUUUCAGUCCCAAGUUUACCAGUUCCAGUAAACACAGGGCAGCCUUCAGUGGAUUCAGGAGUAACAGUUGGAGGUUAUCAUGACGGCACAGCUACCAGAUUUCCGAUACAUACACAAAAUGUUAAUUCUUGUGUUCAAUUUGAUGAUAAUGCAUGCCCGCUACAAAAUCAGUUGAAUGCUUCACACCAAGAUCAGCUUCAUAGAGAUGACAGUAUGGUGACACAUGGUCUGUUACAAUCAGCCACUCAUGGCUUUCAGGCUGCCAGCAGUUCAAAUCCUAGUAGAGGAAUUGAGGAAUUGUUCCCAGAGGAAGAGAUUCGUAUUAGAAGUCAUGAGAUGCUGGAAAAUGAAGAUAUGCAGCAUCUGCUCCGUAUCUUUAAUAUGGGAGGUCAAACUCAUGGUUCCCUUAAUGCCCAUGAAGAUGGUUUUUCAUAUUCAUCUGCAUACAUGGCCGCAAACCCAAUGAGCUACAAUUGUGAUGAUGAGCGAGGCUGUUCUUCUGGCAAAGCUGUUGUUGGCUGGCUCAAGCUUAAGGCAGCUUUGAGAUGGGGCAUUUUUGUUAGGAAGAAGGCUGCUGAGAGACGGGCACAGCUUGUUGAGUUGGAUGACUCAUAGAAUAUGCUAUUGGAGGCAUACAUAUUUCACCUGUUAUAAUCUAAUAAACUAUUCUGGGUUUAGCGUCUGAGAGUGUGUUUGUGAGUUGAAAGGAAAGGGAUGGAAGAAAAGGAUUUGAAGAAAAAAAUAUUCUCCAUUUUACCCUUCAAGCUCUUCACUUCCAUAAUCCCAACUCAAUGCUCAUAAACACGCCCAAGUCUUUGUUGCUAACAUGCAGAGUUGCCAUCGCGCUGAAGUUUUGUAGCAUGACCGAAGGCAUGUUACUAUUUGGUGCAGGGUUAAUUUAAAAGCUUCCACUUUGCCUCAAUCGAUAAAAUUCUCUGCCUUUGUAGGAAUGUUGGUCUGCAAAGUCUGCAACUACUCUUAUGUAACUGUUUUACUUGUGAUGUUUUCCACUCAACAUUCCUUCCUGCAAGUUGCGCAGAGACGACAGUUUCGUGCGGACUGCGGAAUCUAAGGAAAGUAGGAUUUACCAGAAUGUAUUAAAUUCUGUGCAGUAGCUUAGAUGUUGUGUAGUAGGCCCCCGUGGCCUCGUAGCUGGAAUCAAUUUGUACUUGUAGCUUGAGUGUCUCAGCAGUUGUAUGUGUCAGCGUAACAUGUCGGGAGGUAAUAGCAUUGUGAUGAUGCUAAUAAUCAUAUGUAGUCAGAGAAAGAUGCUUAAUCCGGCUUUUGUAUAGUGGAUGUACUUGUAGAUAAAUAAAUCAAUAAUUUUAGCUGCGGAAUAAUAAUACUGUUAGUCUGUUACACGCGUGGAAGAAUUU